AUGGUGUUUCGCUUCGUCAAUCCCAACUCUCAUACGGUCAUCGGUGGAGUGAGAGUAGUACCAGACAAUCCCAGCGAUAUAGAUCAAUAUGUCAACGUACAAUUUCGAAACACCUCACAACCAGCUUUCGUUACAGUUUCCGGAGAAUCUGGAAACAUAGCGAAACCGUUUGUAAUGAAUCCAGGACGUUGGUCGGUUUAUAUUAAUGUUAAUCAAACAGUUUUCUUGGAUUACUUUGUUCUUUUACCUGAAGAUUUUUAUUUAGCAACGAUUUUGAAUCAGAAAGUUGAGAAACCAUGUACUAUAGGGGAGAGAGAUCUAUGCAGACAUCACGCAUAUCCGAACAGCACAAUUUAUGAUAAAUCUUGGGGCGCUGAAAGAGGUAUUAUUUACUGUGGGAAAAAGGUUAACAUUGUUAUUAAUGCUUUCAUUUGUGACACUCCUGCCAAAUCAUUUAUAUUAGGUAUUAAAAACCAUACUGGAUAUUUUGGUUGUAAUAAAUGUAUACAAGAAGGGGACUUUAUUCAAAACCGUUUAGUUUUUCCUGAACUAAAUAGUACAUUACGAACGAAUUUGUCUUUCAGAAAUCGUACACAACCUGAACACCAUCUUGUAUCAUCAGAAUUGGAAAAUCUAAAUAUAGACAUGGUAUUACAAUUUCCAUUAGAUUACAUGCAUUUAAUUUGUUUAGGUGUUAUGAAAAAAGUGUUAACUUUUUGUAUUCGAGGUACGUUAGAUGUCAGAAUUAAAAAAAAUGUAAUACCUGGAAUGGUGCAAAAGUCAAUUUCCCUUAAGGUACCAAAAGAAUUUUGUAGGUCACCAAGAUCAAUCCUAGAAUUAGAUCGAUGGAAAGCUACAGAAUUCCGACAGUUUCUAUUAUAUACAGGUAUAUAUAUUUUGAAAGAUGCAGUAAAUAAAACAUUAUUUGAACAUUUCCUUUGUUUAAGUAUUGCCGUUAGAAUUUUAUCAGAUAAAGAACAUUGUAAAAAGUUAUUUUAUUAUGCAAAAGAGCUUUUGCACUUUUUUGUUAAGAAAUUUGAAUGUUACUAUGGCCGUCAUUUUAUGUCAUAUAAUGUUCAUAAUUUGUUACAUAUUUGUGAUGAUGUUGAAAACUUUGGUACACUGGAUAUGUUCAGUGCUUUUAAGUAUGAAAAUUAUUUGUAUAAAUUGAAACUAAAGCUUAAAGAUACAUCUAGACCUCUUUGUCAAAUUGUCAACAGAAUCACUGAAGAAAAUUUGCUACUUUUACACAGCCCUCAAAAUGUUAAUUAUCCUUAUGUUAAAUAUAAGAAUGGCGUUGCUAUUUCAGUUAUAUUUAGCAGUUUUUGUAUCAGUUUAUCAGAGUUUAAUAAUGUAAAGUUACCUUUGGUAUCUACGCAGGGUAUAACAGAGCUAGACACAUCUAUAAAUGACGAUAAAGAUUUAAGAGAAAGAUUUACUAAUUACUUAAAAAAUAUAGGAGGAAGAAACACAAAAGAAAUGAUAUCCAGAAUUUUGACAAAACUAUUGAAAAAUUCUCUAGGAGUUCAGUGUUCGUUACUGGGAAAACGAAAUCAUCUUCGUUUCAAAGAUCUAAAACUGAUGGAGGUGAUAAUAACUGCUGUUCGUCACAAUUUUAAUGCCAGCAGCGAAAGUGAGAUCGAACUUUUAGUUGGGGAAUGGCUUAGACUAAGCAAACUGCGGAUAUCAAGGGAAAAAUAA